CCCCGACGGAGAGCGGACAGUAAAAGGCAAAAGACAAGAGCAGGCGCUCAUGUGCAGCGACUACCGGCCGGUUAUUUUCCUUACAACAACAGAAGCAGCCACUUUUCUUCAAACUGCUGCUCUCAGAAAACUGCCCCGGACACAGUGUGUUCACAGUGCGGAAGUAUUCAAAGACCCAGCCACACCUGCGGACACCUGUGCUUUUGUCCUGCCUCAUGCCUCCCACCACAACCCCCCCCUCCUGCCCUGCACACACAAGAGGGGAGACUGAUGUGGGGACUUCCUGGUGAUACUGAUCAAGAAGAGAGGAGAGAGAGAAGGGGAUGAAGACGAGCAAAAGCAAGACCUGAGGAGGAUGGAGACGUUGCUGCAGCUUCACACUGGUUUUUCAUCAGCAGCAGCAGCAGGUGGAGGUGUCAGGAAACAACAGGGAAUUAAUAACAGCCGCUCCAUGACUGGACCGGACGGCGUGCCUGUCGAGGCGGUUUAAUCUAAAAGCGAACCGGGGGGAUAUAAUGGACCAGUCGGUGCUCUGACGGAGAUGCGGCGGUGCAUGAAACACAAGACAGUCGCUCUCCGCGGCGGGAUGUGAACUAUGAUCGGCGGUAGACGAGCAGAGGAACACGGAGAGAGAAAUCUGACUCAACAUAAUCCAUCUGGACAUCAGGGGGGAGAUGAGGACCAUGAUGGCUUCGGUGCAAACUGCAUUAUUCUUGUUUGUACACUGGGUGCUCCAGUGUGCCGUGUGUCGUGACGUAACUCUUCCCGCUGGACCCCUCUACCGCGUGGCUGGGUUCCCCCUCUCCCUGCCCUGCACCGUGUCAGGAUACGAAGGCCCGCGCACGCAGGAAUUUGAGUGGUUCCUGUACAGGGAUAAUGCUGGUGGCAGGCAGAUGGGAGUGGUGUCCACCAGGGACAAGGGUUUCCCUUACGCUCCGUUCCAGGCCCGGGUGAAGAACGGGGAGGUGAGGAUAGAGAGGGACUCUGGGGACAAGGUCCGGCUGGUGAUCCAGAGACUCAGGGCUGAAGAUCAGGGAAAGUACGAGUGCUACACACCCAGCACGGACAGCACCUACCAGGGGAACUACAGCGGCACUGUGACUGUCAAAGUGAUCCCUGACACUCUCCAGAUCAGCUACUCCCGCUCUCUCACCGGCCAGCCGGUGCCGGAGGGGGCAGAGUUAAUGCUGACGUGCUCGGCCAGCAUUCAGUCGGAGCAGCUCACCCAUCUGUCCAUCACGUUCGGGAAGCGUGGCGGUGCAGAGAGCUCCGGGGGCGGAGCCGGAGGCGGGGUCAGCACCGUCCGAGAGAUCAUCUCCAUCGACAAAAUGCUGGGGAUCGUCCCCGGGCGUUCCUACAGGAAGCGCUACGAUGACGGGGAGAUCACGCUGGAGAAGAGGAACGGCGAGGGCGGGCAGGGCGUGUACGUGAUGAAGAUGAGAGCGGUGCAGCCAGAUGACACCGGCUCGUAUUUCUGUGAGGCCUCGCAGUGGAUCCUGGAUCCCGAUCGAUCGUGGCAGAAGAUUGCACAGAGGACGCUGGAUAUUGGCAACUUGACUGUUCAGCAACUAGCGGAGUCUCUGAGUGUAACGUCCUCCCCCAGAGGGGAGGUGACCCUGCAGGUCGGUUCCCCUCUCGUCCUGAUCUGUGAGGUGCUGGGGCUGCCGUCUGAAGUGAACUCAGGUCUGCUGGUUCAGUGGAUGAAGAGAGGAUCUGUAAGCAGCGAUGUAGACGGUGCCGGGGGAGUUGAGGUGGAAGUGGCCCGGAUGAGCCCAGACGGGGUCGUGAGCUGGGGGGACGACCUCAGCAGAGCCAGCGGCGGCUCAAUGGAGAAAGUGGCGGAGGGGCGGUACUCUCUGAAGCUGUUCUCGGCCCGGCCCUCUGACACGGGGGUGUAUCGGUGCGUGGUGAGCGUGUACGCCGGAAGGAGCAACCCCGGCCCGUCUACGCCCGCGACACUAACCCAGAGGUCUGAGGGAGUCACCGUCAACCUGAAGACCAAAGACGUGCUGGUUUCAGCUGUGGCUCAGCUCCCUCGCGGCCCCCUGUUAAAACGAGGCAGCACCGUCACCCUCAUCUGCAACGCCACCAUCACAACCACAGGCCGCGCCCAGGCUCAGGUGCAGUGGCUGCGGUGGCCAAUCCCUGAGCCAGUUCUCAAGAAGGGACAGAGUCCAGGAUCUGAUGUCGCUCCACCGAAUCCACCUGUCGAAGAAAAGCCCAGGCUCAUAGCUGCUCUCAUGUACGACGGCGUUGCCAACAUCUACGCCAACGGUAGCGAGAUUAGCGUCGACCGACUGUCGGCUAUCAGCUACAGACUGAGGGUCCACUCUGCGACGAUGGAGGAUCAGGGCAUGUACGCGUGCCAUGCGGAGGCGUGGGGUCAGGACCCGCACGGAGGCUGGUACAACACAGGGGUCAAAACAGAGUCAAAUGCAGUGACUGUUUACCUGUACGCCAGAGCUGCCGACCUCCUCCUCAUCCCCUUGGUUAUCGGCGUCUCCUCCGCCUUGUUCGUGGGCAUCGUCAUCAUCGCGGCAGUGACCUGCUGCUUCAUGAGGCGCCUGGCGAGGCAGCGUGCUCGAAAAUAGACGUCCACUGCUGCCGUCUGAAACCCGGUCGGUUGUGAAGAGGCAGAAAGAGGCGACGCGCAGAAUGUGACGGACGAAAAUGGCCGAGAAACAACUUCAAGACAAAGGUGAAGUUAGAAAAACAACUGCCACCUUGUUAGCUGAUGAUUUUCUGUGUUCUGACCUACCUGUUUAACAAUCAAUGCCAAAAGAUUCUGUUUUGUAUUCUCGUGUAUUUUUUAUAUCCAAACCUUCUCUGACUAACAUAUUUUAGUGAUUGCUGCUGUCACACACCAGUAGGCGUAAUAUCCCACCUAAGCCACAACUCUCCACCUUUUUAACGAUCCCUCUGUCCCAGCUCAUCUUUCUGUUUUAACUGGAUCCAAAAUUCAGAGGCAAGACAUUCGUGACAAGGUCAAACAUAAAGAAGGUGGUUUGAUUGUUACAGUAAGAUGCUACCAGAUGUUACUCAGCCUGUCACAUGAUGGUACCACACCACUCUGUUUUUGCAAAUUGUUCCAGUUGUUCCUCUGUGAAACAGCAUGUUUUUUUUCUUUGAAUACAAAACCCAACAAUGUAAUAAGCCUGUAGCACUGCCACUGACGGUCACAUGAAUGCUGAUGGGAGCAGCUCAGCCUCCAGAAACGUAAUAUGAGCAGGGACCUUCCACCGCCUGCAGUCCGGCACCACUCUGCAUGUAAACAAAGUCUCUGUCUGUUGCUUAAUAAGGAAGGCGCUGGCUGGGGACUUUCUGAUGCCUAAGACCAAUUGAGUACCAAUUCUAAACACAAGCAUUCCUCGCCUGCGACGCUUCACGCUGUAGUUGGUUUUCUAUACGGACUUGUAUAGAUUUGACAAAGAGAAAUGGAGGAGCUAUCCAUUAUGCACUGACUGAAAUAUGUAAAUACUCUGGAAUUUAGCUGUUUUAUUUUUCUUAAUGUGAGUAAAUCGAUGCUGUAGCGCCAUGUUCGUCUUUGAUAAAGCACCUGUGUGUUUAACAUUCUGCAGCAGUCUGUUCUGCUCCUUUGAAGCACUUGGACAAAAACGGGACUGGGACCAAAGCCCCUUUGUAUCUUUCUUUUACUUGAUUUUUUUCCAGCUGAAAAGUCAUUUCUUUGCUGUUCCUGAGCGAGUACUUGUGAGUGUUUCUUUUCUUCUUUCUUUUUGAGCGAGUUAAUGGCUCCUCUGCUCUCGACAAGUGACUGAGAGACAGUGCUGUGAGAAAAGAAUUCCCCGUUUGUUACACUGAGUGACAGGAAAGCUGUUGUGUUCAGGAUUCUGUCCCCGCGGUGAAAGUUUCCUAUGAGCCGCAGUCAUACGACUAGAUAGUUUAGUGAAGUCUCACUAUAGUCGUCAUCGUAGCCAUCAUGUGGUCCAGGCCACACAUUUCUGCUGCCAAGACCUAUUAUGAGUGUAGCCUCCGCUGCUAUCCCGCAGAAAUCUGUUGGACAGAUUUACUGUGUCUGCGCACUUAAAAUGAGUGAAAUCCAUCCUCCUCUUCCUGUUGAAAGUAACACUUAAGAAAAGUUUGGUCAUGCAUGCGUGGCCACAUUGUGUGAUUUAAGGUUUGAUACAUGUUGGUGGUAAGGAGGAGGAAAGUCAAAUUUGUUGUUACCCAGCUCGCAGCUCUCUCAUUGAAAUUAUUUCAAAUCUCUCGCUCGCUCUCUGGCUUUGGCUUUUCUAAAUUUGCUUGCACUGAGCUAUACUUUACUGUCUCAGUGUCUCUUUACUGUCUGUCUGUCCCUCGUCUCCCGCUUGGUUUUCCAUGUGGGAUGUGUAAAUCUGCCCCCGUCCUGCCUAACCUGUGCUCCCAUAAACCCCCGAUUAUAAAUGUUCACGAACAUUAGGGAAUAAAAUCACAGCUCUGCUCGCUUCCUGAGCCACUUUGUUCCAGAUCAACUACUCAAAGCUGAUUUGACCCACCCACUACAUGAUUACACACUUGCAUGCACGCACACACACAUGCAAACAGAUGCACGUGCACUCAGCAGCACAGCAGCAGCAUCAGGACGGUGCUGGCUGGCAUUUCAGAUGGAAGUCAGUGUGUAUCUGUGUGUUCUUGUCUAAUCCCUGUUUAUGGCUGCCCCUCCCCCCUCUCUCAGUGUGUGUUACAGAGUCAGUGUGGCUCACUUCUCUGAGAAUUACAGCCAGCUGCAGACGUGUAGCACACAGCCUGCACACAAUGAAAACUGCUGUUUAAGUUGUGUAAAGUUGUAUUAAACCCUCUCAUGAAGGUGUUCUGUUUUAUUGGGAUUGUUUACUCUUGCUUUAAUACCACUGCCCCUGAAUGCAUCUUGCUGCCAUUGGUUAUUGCUCAGUUUGUUUCUUAUGGUGCUUUGGCAAACCUGCCAGUUGAUAAAACCAAUAAACCACUCUGGAUUUAUAAUGUCA